CACUAGAGGCUCUGCAUCAUAGUUGUGGAUGCAACACCAUCACCAGCACGAAUUUAACACAAGCUUAAGUGAGAGAAAGAGAGAGAGUAUCUGAAAGUUCUCUCACUACAUCAAUGGCGGUUUCCUUUCUUCCUCCUAAUUCCUUCCAUGGAAAACUAAAACUGAAAGUCAAUCUGAAUCAACAAUCUCCUUCUUUUCUCUCUCCUCCACAUCGUCUUCCUCUUCGAGUAGUAGCGUUUCAGCGCGGAGACUUCGAGUCUUUGAAACAACGCGUUUUAUCAGGUGAUGCUUGGAAAGACGCAUGGAGGUCAGCAAAUGAUGGCUUCGAACAGCUUGUUUUCGACGCUAAGAAGGCCGCUGAACGCUUCGACCGUCAGUAUUCUGUUUCUAGACGCUUCUCUUCUGCUACUCAAGCUGUCUCUAUUCGUGCUCGUGAACUCGACCGUGAAUAUGAGGUUUCUCAGAAAUGGCAGACUUUCUCUCUUGAUUUUUCGCGCAAUUUGCCUAGGUACAGAAAGCAGUUCAAUAAUUUCUUUGAUACUCCGCUUGGAAGGAGUUCUGCUACAAUCUUCUUCUUAUGGUUUGCUUUGUCCGGAUGGCUGUUUCGGUGUUUGAUAAUUGCCACUUGGGUGUUGCCAAUUGCUGGCCCUCUUCUUCUCACUGCUGCUGCUAAUAAGAUGACCGUGAAGGGUGCUUGCCCAGCAUGCAAAAGAGAGUUUAUAGGUGUCAAGAGCAGUAUAGUCCGCUGUCAAGGUUGUGGCAACAUCGUCUGGCAGCCACAAGGUGAUUUCUUCUCGAAAGGUGAAAAGAAAAAUACAUGGUCAAAAUCUAACCCUGACAUUAUAGACGUUGAAUUCGAGGAAAAAUGAUGAAAAUUAUAUACUUAAUUUGGAGAUGAUGUUAACUUGUUUUGUUGGAGACCGACAAGUUGAAGAGACGAGAAUGCAAUGAAGCUGGAGAAAGACUUGUUUCUUUAUAGAUGCCAACACACCAGAAAUUGAUUUCGGUUACGGAGUUGCCUUAUACUUUAUGUUGAACCUGGAAUAGUCACAUUGAGAAGCAUGGUGCUGCUGUCGACUUCUGUUGGACUGUGUUUCUAUGUUUAGAAAGCCGGUAGGUUGCUAUCGAUGUAAUAACUUGUUCUGCUGGGUGCAUUUGGUGCCAAUACUUUGGCAUUGUAUAGCGAAAGAUCUCAUCAUACCUCUCUUGUAGAUAGUGUUGGUAAUUAAAGUAUUGUCGAAUAUGUAAUUUUCUUAUGUUA